AUGGCAUCGGAGCAGUUUUCUCGGACACCUCCCUCGACCUCCGAACCUCCACGGAAUGUUUCUGGCAAACGCGUCCGCCCCAGUGUGAGUCAAGAAAUCGACGAUGAAAAUCGACGAAAAGACCCCAAAAUCAGCAGGGCUUGCGAUAUCUGCAAGAGAAAGAAAAUAAGAUGUGACGGGACACUUCCAUGUAAUAACUGCGCCAGAAGAAAGAUCGACUGUGCAUAUGACGCGAAAUAUGGCCGAGGUCGACCGCCGACUCCACAGUCCUCAACCAAAACAAUCGAUCGUUGCCAAGAGGAUUUGCGAAGGGGUGAUUCAAUCACUUCAUGCUCUUGGCAGCAGCAAAAUUCACCGAGUGGCGAUCAAUCGGCCCCCGAAACACAAUACCGCGUUUCCCCUGAGCCAGACGUGGAAGGUCAGUAUUUCGACCCAACCUCAGGUUUGAAUUUUCUACAUCGCGCGUGGAAGAAGUUGUUGGUACAAAAGGAUGGAUCUACUUCCAAUGACAACCAGCGACCAGAGCGACAUCAGCCGCUCACAUCAGCUGGAGAUCGGCCGUUUCACGAUGAAGAUCACGCGUCCGGCACCGUUUUGCCGGAUGCUUCGACUGCAAAGAAGCUUCAAGAAUUCUACUUUGAGUCAUGUGUUGUGACCUACCGCAUGCUUCAUCGGCAGACCGUUGAAGGGUGGAUGGAGUUAUUCCUGAAAGACCAACAAGAUGGCAGGCCUAUGGGUUGGUCGCUAGGCAAUCCCAGAACUGCGAUCCUACUGACCAUCAUGGCUAUCGCAACUCUGCGCCUCCAGAAGAUGGAACGAGAGUUCUCGACAUAUGACGAGGCGCAUAUUCUACAACAGAGUGAUCGCUUAUACUGCGCUGGUGUGAAACUUAUCGAGAAAGAGAUGGGUUUCCCGCGUUUGGAGUCGGCGCAGGCGCGCCUGAUCCAGGUUCUCUAUCUCCUUCAAACGGCUCGGAUGAAUGAAGGUUGGUAUAAAUUUGGCAACACGUUCCACAUCACACUUUCUAUGGGAAUGCACAGAAGAAGCGAUCAGAAACGAGAUCUGCCUUUCAACAGCAAGAGAUACAAUUAUAUCACCUCGGAAUGCUUUAAGCGCACGUUUUGGGUCGCAUACAUCAUAGACAAAUACUUAAGCGUUGUGUUUGGAAGACCCAGACUUUACCAAGAUGAAGACAUCGAUCAAAGCUUUCCAGACAGGAUUAACGAUGAGGACAUGACACCGCAAGGGCCUACUGCUUCAGAUGAUUCUACGGACUGUCAUAUUGAUGCUGUCAUCUUUCACGCCAAAAUUGCACGUAUAAUUGGAACCGCUUCACGGGAAGUGUACUCAGUCAACGAUCUAUCCCACCAAGAGCGCCUGGCGGCUGCCAACAGACUGAGCUGUGAACUCCAUGAGUGGCGUGCAAGUCUACCACCUCAUUUGGGCACUGUGAAGCCAUCUACGCUGAUUCCCAGCUUCCGACGUCAAGCUAUCGCCCUACAGCUUGCCUAUUUCCAUGCUCUGAUUCAUACCAAUCGGCCCUUCCUGUUGAGCGAUACCACGUCCGAGGGAGUCUCCGAAUGCAUGUCCUCUACAAAAGCCAGUUUGGAACUCAUCAACAGAAUGGCAGGAGACAACACAUUGCUCCAUUCAUUUUGGUGGACGCAAUACGUUAUCUUCUGCGCGCUGGCAGUGGUUUAUGUUGGGGAAAUUCAACGUGCCACCCGGUCCACCUACGUGAUUGACGAUGUGUCUUCAGGUCAAAUAUUUGAUCUCGCAGAAAAGUGUCGUAGCCAUCUCGAGCAAGCUUCUGCCGGUUUAUCCCCCAACCAGCGAUACAGUGUGAUCCUCGACGAGCUACGAUCGGAGGCUUUUAGGUGUCGAAACACACGGAAUAAUCCGCGCCUUUUUCAACAAAGCAGUCUUCAGCGCGCUGAGCCUGAUGCUAACGCAGGUUUUGACUCUUCGGCUAUCCAGGAGACGACCUUGCUCGGAUCCGUUCCAGAUGUCUUGCUACAGGAAGACCCUAUGUCGAACGUGCUGGAUGGAUUUCUAUUCAGUGAUUGGCAGACUCUUGACUCAUCUGCAUUCUUCCCCUUACCAGAUCCUGACUCCGUUUCCCCAACCUGUGACCCCGCAAUCGGCUGGGGCAAAUAA